AUGUCUGUUAGAACAUCUCAAAGUAGCUAUCAUAGCGGGUUUUCAACCCCACACAAAGAAGUGAACUCAAGCACCAAGGCAAAUAAUGAAGUUCUUAUUUUAACAAUAAAUCUUGGAAAUUCCAAAGAUGACAUAGUCAUCCACGAGUUUGAUGACCCCAACAUCCUUGCUAAAAGGUUCUGUGAAAAACAUAAUUUAGGGCUGGAAGUCGAGUCUACACUAGCAGAACACAUAAUUUUCAACCUUGAAAAAGUCCUUCAAGAUUUAUCUAACAUUAAUCAAAGAUUGCAACAGAAAAACAGCGAGGAGAAUUUUAUUUCCAAUGAAAAUGUAAAAAAAGCUGUAACCCCAAAACCUCGGGUGGCAGCCCAGGAGAGAGUAAACGAAAGCAGGCUCUCAAAGCAAAGCUCAGCUGCCACCAUGGUCAGCUAUGAAGACAAAUCCCCAAGUCGGUCCUUUUAUAAGAAUCCUGGAAACCGGCUCUAUCAGCUUGGAAUGAUUCAACAAAAAGAUAGGGAAAAUAAGUCAAAGCUCUACCAGCAGCAAAAAAUGCAAAAAGAGUUAGAAGAGGUCACGUUUACCCCAAGAAUUAAUACAAAAAGAAUAAAAAAAGUUAAAAACACUGAAAAUUUGCUGAUUGAAAAAGGCAAAAAAGUUAAAGAAGUGCUAAAACUGAAAAUUAAAGACCAAUUGGAGACAGACAGAAGGAAAUGCACAUUUACCCCUGAGCUGAAUCCAGUCAGCUCUAGACUGGCAGCUAGGGAUAGAAGCGCUGAUAGAAUUAAUUAUCUUUGUAAAGAAAAAGAAGAAAGCAAAAAGAAAAUCCAAGGAAAAGCGGACGAAUAGUAUUUUUUAUAUAGUUUCAAAGAGCUUUGUCCAUUUACGCCGAAUAAAAUUUAUAAAUCUUAUACGAAAUCGGAACUAAAUGACAGCAUAGAUAGAUUGACGAAGUCGAAAAUUCAGUCUGAAGAUGAGCUGGAAAAGUAAGGAAUAGGCAGGUUAAGAGAAAAACAUCUGCAAGACCUGAAAAAGGAUCCAGUGACUGGGCAGGAGUUUUUUACUCCUCAGAUUAAUAAAGGUCCGAGGACUGAAAGGCAAUAUUCGAAUGUAUGAGAAGAUUUGUACUAUAAAAGGUCAAAUAGUCAAAGCAGGCUUUCAAUAUCGCCACAGAAAACAUAUAGUGAACUACACUGACUGGCACGGGGUGCUUUUGGCUCAGUUUCGAGCCAAAAGCACCCCGUGCCAGUCAGUGUAGUUAACUAUAUAAAAACGCAAGAUCAGAAAAAAUUAUGAAAAAAUUAACGGGAGAAAAAUAUUAUGAAAUUUUUCAAAAAUUAAAACCUCAAAAAGGCAAGAUUUUGCAUAAUGAAAUUGAUGCAUCGUUGCUAGAACGCGAGCUUUUGCUAAUUAUUCAGCCUUUAAUUGAUGAAAUGAAAUCAGCUAGAGAAAGCUUGUCUUUUGAAGAGUUCUGUGGAGCCAUGGAUGCUCUUAUGAAAGUUCUCACUCCUCAAGAGAAAAAUUAUUUAAUUUUCAAUAGAAAAAAGCCUGAAAAUGAUAAUCCAUUAACAAGCAGGUCCCAAUCUCCAUCCUCAAGAGCAAUUUUUCAAACAUAUGAUAGGCUGAUGAAACAUAAGAGAAAUUUAGAAGAAAAAUUAGAAGAGCAGAGAAGGUCGAAUGAAGAAAAAUUGCUGAGUGAGUGUACGUUUAUGCCAAAUACAAGACAAAAAUUAGAAGAUUCUUUUACUCUAUCACAUGAUUUAAUUUUUUAUAUAUAUUAUAGUAUAUAUAUUUUAAUUUUUUUCAGAAAAAUUCUGGGAAAGUCAGGAAUCUCAGCUUUGAAAAUUAA